GACACGGCUGGAGCUAGGCGGGCGACGAAGAGCCUGCUGUUUUUGGGCCUCUCUGCCGGCGCGGUGGCGGGCGCAGGGUCCUUCGCCUGCGCGGCGUUUGGUGGUGGCACCUUCUCGGGCGACAGUGCGGUCAUUGAAGUCGUCCAUCGCAGUGCGCCGGUGUUGAUGUUCGCAGUGGCAGCACUGGUCUUCGCAUACCCAGUGGAUGGCGCAAUGCUUGCGACCAAGAAUUUCCGAGUGCUCAUCGCUUUGUCCAUCUUUGGCCUCGUGGCGCAGCUUCCAGCUUUGCAGCUGAUCACCCGGUCCUUCAGUGGAACUCGUCAGCCGGCUCUUCCUUUGAAGUUGCUGAUGAUGACGAUGUUUGUGCGCCUACUGACGCUGUCGCUCUUCUCUUUGGCGCGAUUUUGGGCAGACCUUCAGGUGAAGCCUGCCACAGAUGGCGAAGAACGCCAGUCAGGGAAGCUCGAGAGUUCUGGCUUCAUUCUUCACGGGGAGUCCUGCAUCCAUGGCCGGGGCGUCUUCACGACCAAGGAGCUGUCCAAGGGACAGCUGAUCGAAAGUUGCCCUGCGAUCGUCAUGGAUGCCGGGGCAGCGGAAGCGAUGUUCAGCUACCGCUGGGGUCUAAAAGAUGACCCGAGCAGCAAGGACUUCUACCUUCCCUUGGGCCAGCUGCCUACCGUCCCAAGAGAAGUGCGGGCAGCCUUUAAGCAGACGGUUGGAGAAACCAUCCGAAGCGAUGAACUCGCAGCGGUGCUGAAGACCUGUGGCGUGGACGAGGCUUCGGUGGAGUUCCUCCUCCAGCAGGCUAAGGACUUCUCCGAGAACGAGGUCGUCUCCGUCAGUGGCUUCUGCGACUCGCUUCGCAUGUCUGCGACGCGGACGCUCUCCCUUGGCAAGGCCGUGGCACAGGUCAACAGCGUUGAGGCCUGGAAUCUUCACCAUGAUGACUUGAAGCAGCUUGCUUCUAUGUUGAGUGGUAUGUGCAAGGCCAGCACAGUGGCAGAGGCCCUCCAAGAGGUCCAUUCGCUUCUGUCACUGGGCCAUGACUUAUGGGUCUAUGCCUACAUGCGAAAGCUCUAUGAUCGCAGCCCUGACCUUUACUUUGCCACCAUAGCAGCAGAGCCUGCGAAGCUGCUGCCGGCCGUAUACACACCCACCGUCGGUGAGGCAUGCCAAAAAUUUGGCAAGAUGCCCCUCUACCGCCGAGGCUGCUACCUCUGCAUAUCCGACCGUGGCCACUUCAAAGAAGUGCUGCGCGAGUAUGCCGAGGCCGAGCUGGAGAAGGACGCCAAGGGCAACUACCUGUGUGAUUGCAUUGUCUUCUCGGACGGAGGCCGCAUCCUCGGGCUGGGAGACUUGGGCGCCUGGGGCAUGGGCAUCCCCAUUGGCAAACUGGAUCUUUAUACCGUCUGCGCGGGCUUCGACCCUUCUCGAACCAUCCCGCUGAUCCUCGACGCCGGCUGCUCCGGGCCCGAAGGCAAUACCGAUCGCUUGGUCAUCCGAGAUAGCACUCUCUACACAGGCAUGAAGCAGGCACGUGUCACACACAAGUCUGCAGCGGGAACCGUCGUGAACACCGCUUACUAUGGCGAAGGGAAUGUCAUCGAGGAGUUCAUGAAAGCUGCAACCGAGCUCUUCGGUGAGAGAUGCCUGCUCCAGUUUGAGGACUUCAACUCCAACGAUGCCUUCCCUUUACUGGCGGAGUAUCGCAACAAGUAUUUGACCUACAACGACGACAUCCAGGGCACCGCCGCCGUAGCGCUGGCGGGGCUCCUGGGUUCUAUGCGCCUUCGCGAUGCCAAGUGCGACCUGAGGGCGACGCUGCUGAAGCAGACCUUCCUCUUCCACGGAGCGGGAUCCGCGAACAUCGGCUUGAUGCGGCUCCUGAACGAAGAGGCCGGGGUACCGCUCUCCUCCAUCUUCGUCACCAACUCCAGGGGCUUGAUUUGGCGCUCUGCGGAUGGCACUGAGGGCAGCUUCCGCAACGAGGAACAGAAGGCUUUUGCGCAGGUCGGCGAACCAACUUUCGACUCUAAGGACCUGGCUACCCUAGUCGAACAUGUCAAACCCACCUGCGUAGUGGGGGCGGUUGGUGUGACUCCGAACUGCUUCAAGAAGCCAAUGGUGGAGGCCUUGCUACGUUUCUCGGAGCGCCCGGUCAUCUUUGCCCUCUCGAAUCCGAAGACUCAAGCAGAGAUCACCGCCAACGAUGCCUACGAGUGGUCUCAGGGCAAGGUGAUCUUCGGUUCUGGCACCUGGUUUGCUCCGGUUGAGCUGAACGGGAAAACCUUCGCACCAGGGCAGGUGAAUAACGUCUACAUCUUCCCGGGCAUGUCUUUCGGUGCAGUCUGCUGCCAGGCAGCAAGCAUACCAGAGCGGCUGUUCUUGGCCGCUGCAGAGGCCGUGGCCAACAGCCUGGGUGACGAGGAGAUGGCUCUGGACAUGGUGGUGCCCAAGCGCGACCGCAUCCAGGAGGUGUCCCUGAACGUCGCAACUGCCGUGGUUUUGGAGGCCCAAGCCCUGGGCCUCGCCGCUCGCAACUUGGGCGCAGACUGGCAGACGGUGCAAAGAGCGCUGGAGGCCAUGCGCUGGACACCGAAGCCCUGA